CGUGUCAACACCGACCGGCAUGUGACGAGUAACACCUCGUCCAUUGAAGGUUGCAUGUAGAAUAGCUGCUGCUUGCUUGACCACGAUGCAUUUGCAAAGAUUUGCAAAGGCUCCAUCAUGGACCAGUUUCACACCUGCACUGAUCGUUGUCAUGCUAGUGCUGUUUGGAGGCAUAACGGUAGUCUAUCAUAAGAAAUGUUCGGCUCCCAGUAUCUCAUCCGCUAGUGUUUCCGUGCAAUCGGCAACAUCGACUAGUGCUAGCGCACUCGCUGAUGCGGCCCCGGCGGCGAACGCUGCUGGAACACAAACUGCUGGCGAUAAGACUGCUAGCCUGUGCGAUGGGACCUGCUACACGAUGGGGAGCCUGAACACCAGCGCGCUCGCAACCGCAAAGCGCUACGUGAGCGACGCGCUAACCAACCAGUACAUCGACAACUACAAGGCCAUGGGGCUCAAGGGCGACGGCAUGGGCAGCCGCGACAGCUCCUGGGCCACCGCCCUGCUCAGCAGCAUUCAGCGGGAGGCAGGAGUUUACGGCGCGGCGGGCGAGAUCGGUGUGCACCACGGCUACUUCUGGAUGAGCGUGGCUCUGACGGCGCGUGUGGGCGAAAAGCUGUUCGCACUGGACCUGUUCGAGCGGAACCAGGACAAGAACGUGGAUGCCAGCGGCGGCGGCAACAUGGGCAUCUUCACGCACAACGCGCAGACCCUGGGCUUCCCGGUGCAGGACAUUGUGGUGGUGGAGGGCAUGUCCUCAUCCAUCACGCCCGGACAGCUCUGCAGCAAGAUCGGCUACGGGUUUCGCUUCUUGUCCAUUGAUGGCGGCCACACCAAGGAGAUCCUGCUCAAUGACAUGAAGUUCGCAGAGUGCUGCCUGGUGGAUGGAGGCAUUGCGGCCCUGGACGACUACUCCAACGCCUUCUGGCCAGGCGUGCACGAGGGCAUCGUGAGCUACUUUGACCGGCACGGCGCCAAUAGCCGCUUAGCGCCCUUCCUCCUCCAUGCAAACAAGUUGUACGUCACCACCCGCAGCCACCACAAGCGCUAUCUGGACGCAGUCACCUCGCAGGCGUUCUGGCGGAACGCCUGCCGCUCCACUGUUGCCGGCCCCGGCGUUUGCAUUGAGGCCCCCGGCGUCAACGGCGGCAAUCUGUGGAAGUUCCAGCUGGGCGGCCAUGCGCUGGCGGUGGCAGAGUUCCGAGAGUUUGACCAGGCGCAGGCGGUGGCGAUGUGGAAGGACGUCAUCGCAAAGUGCUGAUACGGUCCGGGGCGGGGCGCGCGGAGCGGCAUGUGGUCGUGUGCAGGAGCGGAGCGGCAUGCAGCACGUGGGUCAGGAGGUAGCGGCAUUUAUAAUGAUGUGUACAAAGACAGAACUGUGUCGGGAGUCGAGGUUACGGUAACUAUGGCAUACCUUAGCAAGCCCACGGCCGCAGGGGCAGGCAGGCAUAGCAGAAGCUGACAUGUUAGGCAAGGGUCUUGUGGGCGCAGUACGGGCGCAUUCAUCAAUCCAGUGCAAGCCCAUUGCACACACAUUUACAAGGAGCGUGAACCUUUACGUGACGCCAACUUUCGCACUCGCUUAUGGCGAGGGCCGCGUGGUCUGGGCUAUGUUGGCGGCUUGUGAAUGCGAAAUCACAGAGACGGGAGUCAGCGGACAGUCCGACCCCAAGGGCGCUCAGCCGCUUCGAACUUCCUACUUCUUCUUAAGAACUACCAUCCCG